CAACAAUCUGCAUUUUGGAUACGCUGCCGCCGCCUGCUUGGCAUGUUGCUUUGUCGACGAAUCGCCCACACGUGGCCACGUGCUCGAUGCUUCACCGUGCGCAGUCGACCAGACGACAUCUCGUACCUUCGACAGCUUGGCCGAGAUGACGACCACGUGACGCUCUAUCUCCCUGGUGACAUCCGGACGCCGUCGUACGCGGCGUCGCUGUCCCGGACGGCGGUGUUGGAGCUCAUCAAUCCAUCGGCCCGCAACGCGAUGAGUGGUAAGAUGAUGGCUGAGCUCAUCGAUGCCGUGGAUCAAUUGGAAGAGCAUGCGUCUUCGCUAUGUUGUGUGAUUGUUCGUGGCAGCGGCGGGCAUUUCUGUGCGGGUGCCGACCUCCGCGUCGCCAAGGACCAUUUAAGUUCCCCCGAAGGCGGCGCGACAAUGAGUCGAGUCAUGACACAUGCAUUGACCCGUCUGCGUCGGUUGCCAUUCCCAAGUGUGGCCGUGGUUGAAGGCGCGGCGAUCGGAGGCGGCGCGGAGAUCACGACCGCAUGCGACUUUCGCGUCCUCGCGCGUUCUGCGUCCAUUCAGUUUGUCCAUGGUCGCAUGGGGGUCUCUCCAGGAUGGGGCGGCGGGGCGCGACUGGUGCAGCUCGUGGGGCGGCAGCGCGCGCUUCGUCUGCUCGGACGGACGGAGAAGGUGGCGGCCGCGGACGCAGAGGUGCUAGGGCUGGCCGAUGCGGUGGUGGAGGACAACGCUGUCGACGCUGGCGCGGUCUCAUUCGUCCGGCCGCUGAAUGCCCAUGCCCCAGAUGUGCUGCAAGGGAUCAAGCGCGUACUGUCUCACGGGGACGACUCGUCGUUGCUGCGGAUGUUGUCGACGGAACAUGCCGUGUUUCAGCAACUCUGGGGCGGCCCCGCGAACGUUGCUGCCUUGGCCAAGCAACUCUCCAACAACCCCAGAACAAAGUCUUAAAACAUAACGAUAUAUAUAUAUACUAGUAUUACAUGAUAAAAAACA